AUGGGCCUCCUCGGCAAGAUCGAUAUGAAAAAUCCCGAAAUCACAAUGAUUUGCUUUGAAGAAUACAUUGACAAACGCGGUACAACGCGCGACAAGCACGAAGGCGAUGGUGAUUUCAAAGAGGUCUUCUUUGGGAGGUUGAUUGAAGAGGGCUCGGCUCGUAUGCUACUCAAAACGUUCGACGUGAAGAAGAGAGUUUAUUAUGGCAAUACGAGCAUGGAAGCAGAAAUAUCUUUAUUGAUGGCGAAUCAGACACUUGCUGCUCCAGGAAAGCUGAUUUAUGAUCCAUUUGUCGGUACUGGAAGCAUGGCAUAUACAACCGCGCAUUUUGGUGCGAUGGUAUUCGGUUCCGACAUUGAUGGCCGACAAAUGAGAGGCAAAGACAGACAGCCAGGAAUUAUACGCGCCGCUUCUCAAUACGGGGUAGCUCCUCGUAUUAUUGAUUUAUGCACCUUUGACAUCACGCGCAACCCCUGGAGAUGCGGGGACCUAUUCGAUGCGAUCAUUACGGACCCACCAUAUGGUGUGAGAGCUGGUGCUAAGAGGCUGGGCAGAAAACCUCGUCUAGGUAAGACACCACAGAAUGUCACAGUGCGAGAAUCUCCACACCCUGUUCGGGAUAAUGAUCAACCAUAUAUUCCUCCGACUAAACCAUAUGAAUUGUCCUCGCUCGCAUCUGAUCUUGUACUCCUCGCACGUUAUAUGCUAAAACCACGUGGACGACUUGUAUUUUUUCUACCCACUGUUACAGAUGAGUAUGAAGAGUUGGACAUUCAGGCCAUGUUAUGUGAGGGCAUGGAAGUCGUGGCCAAUUCGCUCCAGAAUUUUGGAUCUUGGGGACGUCGACUUAUAACAAUUCGCAAGUCAACAUCUCAACAUUAUCCCCUUCCGACAUUCGAGUCAGCGGCAUCCAAAUCGGAAUCUGACACCCAUGUACCUGCUCACAGAGACUUUCGCGAGAAAUACUUUCAAGGCUUCAAGAAAUUAGACACAGACUAA